UGAAAUGUAUAGUUUCUUGAGUAUACGUACAAUUCGUACAUUUUAUGUAUGUAUGUGUAUUAACUCCCCCCAUUCUUCUUGGCACAGAUGGUAGAGUCAAAUGUCCUCUAUCCGUUGAGUGUAUAGCAAAGGCCACAGCUUGCUGCAAGCUUUAAGCAAUCAUGGUCAACUUUGUAGCGUUUGCCCGUGAGCACUGGGUGAACAUAUUGGUGCCCAUGGGUUUUGUCAUCGGAUGGUACUUGGACAAACAACAGGACCAGAAGCUGACAGCUUUCCGGAACAAAAGCGCUUUAUACAGCAGGGAGCUGAAGCCUGGCGAGGAGGUCACUUGGAAGUAGACUCCCCAACCAACCCUGGUGUGCGUCUUCUGUGUCUGUAGUGUGAAUGGAUAAUGGGUGCCCCUCAGAUGAGACUAUUUAAUUAUUCUCACAUCAUACAUCUUUGAGUUGUAUCAACCAACAAUAAAUGUACUUCACCACCAAAGAUAAGGUUUGAUUUUUAUAAAACAGGAAACAGUAAAUUGUUCUGUAUGGGUAUCUGCACAAAAGAGGUCAGUUAAUAUUUUGUAUACAGGUCAAUUUGAAGGUUGAGUGAAACUAACAUAUGACCUUGAAGUUAUAAGUGGUUGAAUUAACGCUACUGAGGUCUUGCAGUCUGAAUAAUCCCCUUCUCAAAAAGCAGCUCUGUCAAAGAAAUCUGGUGGUGGAAAGAAGCACAAUGUAAAUUAGACUCGUAUACAACAGUUAACGAUUAAAAAAAAAAACACACCUUGUCCCGUGAAGCAUCACAUGGGAGAUGUCCUACACUCACAAAUUUGGGAUAAGAAUGGAUCAGAAACUCUACGGCAUCUGUGUGCUGCAAGGGAACAAACUUGAAGGACACUUGAAACAACAAAAUCCACUUUUCGUAUGCUCAUAUCGUAUACCUCGAGUUUCAUUUCUAAACUUUUCAUCUCCUCUUUGUGAUAAACUCUGCAGUUUUCCGUUGUGUAGUAAAGAUGGACAGCAUCGCCAUCGCUGCACAACCUGAAGGAAAAUAAAUGUUAGGAAUUAAAAGUCACUAUUUUUUUUUUAUGCCAUGUGACAUUAUGAAAUUAUACCUGGCACACCCCGCACGAAUGAGUCGAAUCCGGGUCUGGCUUGUGAAAUGUGUACCUGCAUCGAUGACUCUCCCAUGCUCCCACCUGGCAGGUGCCCCAUGCACACUGCAGGUAAGUUCCUCUGUUGGAGGGAGGCAUGUGCGUUAGUUAAACAGCUGAAAAAAAAACUGCUUUACUCUGGACUAAAGUAGUCGCUGUCGGGUACCUGCGGUGAGCUUUGGAGGCAGGCAGUCGUGCAGGAAGUCUCUGGCUUUGAGAUCCACGGCCGCAUCGACUGGAGCAAAACUUUUCAGCUUGCUUAUCAGGGUAUCAAUCUUGGAGAAGAAUUUGGUCCUCCGUGGAUCGUGCUAUAUGAGAGCAUUAUGAGGCCGUAAGAAAAAACAAACAAAAA